AUGAAGGAAUUUUUAUUGAUUUGCAUUAUCGUUGGUAUUCUUGGUACAGAAAUUUGGGCAAGACCAGAAAAUAGCAUUGAUGAUCUUGACCAUGAGACAGCAUCGAACUUCUUGAAGAGAACGCUUUUUCAUCCUGGAAAGACUCGAUGUGAAGAACAAAAACGAGAAGCAGCUGAGAAAUAUGAAGAGCGCUGUGAACCAAGCAUCAAUAAGUUAACUGGAUCACGCUACUGUCCUGAUAUUCAAACAUGGGAAGCCUUCCAGAUCUAUGAAGUGGGCAGUGGCUAUGGUCGUUAG